CCCCGCCCUCCCCACCGCUUCCGCCCACUGUCGAAGCGCCGGUUGAGAAACAAAAACGUUCACGUGUGCUUGUGCAGUUUGUGUGUUCCUCCAGCCUAUGCAGCUGUUUGCUCCUCGGCCUUCGAGGACGCGGUGCAGGCACUGCGUCUGCGCCGGCUCGCGGAGCUCUUCGAGGCCGUGGCGCAGGUGCGUUUCGCGCCCUCCGAGUGCACGCUGCAGGACAGGUGCCUCGUGGCCGGCGCGGCGCCGUUGCCUGAGGGCAUCCUGGCGCACGGGGAAGCCUCCCGCGACGGCGGCUUCCUGCGGCGGCUGCGCGCCGGCGCGGCCGAGCUGCUGGCCGACGGGGGCCCGAUGGACUGCCGCCCGAAGGGGCUGAAGUCGGCCAAGUACGACUUCGACUAUACCCGGAGGAGGGAAAUUACCGCUGCUCGUCCAGGAGAGCCCUCGUCGCCACGGCGGGAUUUUCCGUGGAGCCCUGGUCGGAACGCACCCCAAGAGAGGCCCGGGGAGUAGUGGUAUCG